CUAGGAUCAGUCAAGAUGAAAUCCGUUGCUGUGCUAUUGCUGCUGUCACUGAUGACAGUGGCUUUGGCUGCUGUGGCGCCUUCAGAUCGCCACUAUCAUCCUGUACCUAGUUUUUUGCAGCAAUCUAAUGCUGCCAGGGGCAAUUUAUUGGCUGGCAUGGGUGCCAAUAAAUACACUUUACCCCAUGAAGCUAAUGCUGAGUUUUGGCUAAAUUUAGCCCGUGAAGAGUUGGCCCAAAGAGUCAAUCAGAAGCCCAUGAAUUUGAAUAAGGCCAAGAAUAUCAUAUUCUUUUUGGGUGAUGGUAUGUCUUUGUCAACAGUGACGGCGGCCCGCAUACGCAAGGGUCAACUGAAGGGCAAUACGGGUGAAGAGGAUGCCCUGAGUUUUGAAAAGUUUCCCUAUUCGGGAUUGAGUAAGACCUACUGUGCCAAUGCUCAAGUACCCGAUUCAGCCUGUACUGCUACCGCUUACUUGUGCGGUGUUAAGACCAAUAUUGUCACCAUUGGUGUCAAUGCCAAGGUGAACUACAACAAUUGUUCAGAGAGUGAAGAUCCGACCAAUCAUGUCUCCUCCAUAGCCGCCUGGGCCCAAAAAGCUGGCAAAUCGACUGGCAUCAUAACCACCACCACUUUGUCCCAUGCCAGUCCCGCUGGUGCUUACGCCAACACCGCUAAUCGUUUCUGGGAAUGUGAUGCUGACAUACUGCCCUGGGGAGAUCACAACGAUCCUGCCCAAUGUACCGAUAUAGCCCAACAACUGAUAACCCAAGAGCCAGGACGUAAUUUUGAUCUGAUGAUGGGUGGUGGUAUGGGUAAAUUUUUACCCAAACACUUAAAAGAUCUGCAUGGCAACAUGGGAGAACGUUUGGAUGGCAGAAAUUUGUUGGCCACCUGGCAGGGUAUGCAUCCUGGUGGAGUGGUUGUGCAUAAUCGCAAUAGUCUCUUAAGUUUAGAUGUUGACAAAGUCUCCCAUAUCAUGGGUCUUUUCCAAUCCGGCUAUAUGGACUAUCAUGCCGUCUCCAACAAGCAAAAACAACCUACUUUAGCUGAAAUGACCGAAGUGGCCAUUAAAUUCUUGAGUAAAAAUGACAAUGGCUAUUUCGUGUUCAUAGAGGGUGCUCAAAUCGAUACGGCCAAUCAUGCCAAUUUGGCGGGCAUUAGUUUGGACGAAACUUUGGAAAUGGAAAAGGCAGUACAAAAAGCUCGUGACAUGACUGAUCCCAAUGAAACAUUAAUUGUGGUCACCGCAGAUCAUGCACAUCCGCUAAGUAUUGCCGGUUAUCCAGGCAGAGGUACCAACAUUUUGGGUGUUAAUCAACAUGACACCGAUAUUAAUGGCAAGAAAUAUACCACAUUAAAUUACGCUGCUGGUACCCAGCAGUAUUUGGAUGAACAUGGUGAACGUUUGGACAUUGAAAGUACUUUUGGUGAGGAUCUAUUGGCUCAAUAUCCCAGUUAUAUUCAUACGGAUCAGGGUGUACAUGCUGGUGAAGAUGUGGGCAUUUUCGCUUCGGGUCCCCAUGAGCAUUUGUUCCGUGGUGUAAUGGAACAACAUGCUAUACCUCAUAUGAUGGCUUAUGCCGCUUGUAUUGGUGAAGGACCCACCAUGUGUGAUAAUAAAGCUUAAAAAUUUAUUUUUAAAAAUUUUGUAAAUAAAAUAAAAUGUGACUUUAAUAUUUUGUAUGUAAGAA